AACUGUUUUCCAUUAUAAUGUUUCAGGUUCAAGUGUGUGAGAUAUGGGAGAACCAGCAUUAUAUGGCUGUUUUGACCAGCCAGACAGCUUAGAAGGAUGGGUAGCAAUUAAAGAAAACCCAUUUACUUGUAAUACAAUCCCACCACGUCUUUUGUUCCUUGUAUCUUGGAAUGAAGUAGAUCGUAAAGUAGCAGUUACUUGCAGAUUGAAAAACCGUGUUGUGAGUGACACAGCUGAGCAUCAUGGGAGAUCUGGGCUGUUCAGUUUCCAAGAGUUACGAGGAAUUCAUGAUCUGUUGUGCCUUAUUCAUCCAUCAUUAUCACCAUAUCUACCUGACCUUCCUGAAGAACCUUGGGGUCUCUGGGCUUAUGUCAGUUAUCAAGAAACCCCAGACAAUAUUGAUGAUAUAUGUGCAUAUUUAGAAAACACAUACUUUCCUCUUGCAUUAGAAACAUGUAAAGAAAAGUUACUUAUGGAUACAAUGUUUGAAGAACACUGCCAGGAAGAAUAUUUUGAAAAUAUAAGUGAGCUAAAGAGACAGGGUUAUGAUCAAACCAUAAAGAUAGCAGAAGAGGAGUUAAAGAACGUGCUCUUUGAACGAGAAAAUGCUAGUAACAUGACAGAAAUGGCUGAUGUUUACAGUAGGGAAGAUACUGCUGUGUUCAAACUAAAUGUUGCUCUUGCUGAGCUAUUUAACUACCUUCUGCAACCUUUUCUGGAUCUCCGUGAAGUGUCAUGUUUAAAAGUAAGGCAAGCAAAAUCUGAAAUUCAGAAUCCGGACAAUGGUGAAAGAUUACGGCGAGAAUAUUGUGAACAAUUGAUUGAGUGGCAACAACAAUAUGAGCAAGCUCUAGACAUGAUUCAAGAUAACUACAUGAAGUAUUACUCCAAAACCAAAAAGAUUUUAAAAGGAAUCCUUGAUAGAUUGGAGGAAGAUAGAAAACGUUUUGGCCAAAUGUCUUUUCAACUUAUUGCCCUAGAGAGAUAUUUCAGGGUCAGAGAAGAUCUUUCUUUAGAAAAUUUACAGUAUCUUCAUAGCAAAAAGAAAACAUAUGUUCAAGAAAGGGAUAAAGUUAAAGAAAUGAUUGCAAGCAUGGAGGAGAAGCCAGGAAUUAAGGGAGAACUCAUGAGAUUAGAAAACCAGACGUUUGAAUGGCAGGUGAAAAUAUAUGACCUUCACCUUGAUAUUCUCCGGGAAGAAGAAAUACUUGUCAAAACACAAAGAGAUGCAAUCACUAGGAAUAUUCAAGUGGAAGAGGAGCGUGUUGUAUUUUAUGAUGCUGUAGAGGAUGUGGAAGAACUCAGCUCUGAGGAAGAACUUCCCUCUAUGAUGAUUACUGAUCCACGACUGAAGGCGUUAAAUAAUAAAUUGAAAUCUAUAAAUACACGUAGAGCUAAACUCAGGAAUAAAAGAGCAAAUCUAAAUUCAAAAAUUCAAAACAAAGAACAGACAAAAAGAGAAGUUGAGGAAAAGUUUAAACAGCAUCAUUCUAUUCAAAUAAAAAGAGAUAUGCAGAGAGAAGAACUAGAGAAGAAACAAGACUUUAUACACGAUGAAAGAAAGAGAACAAUAGAUAGAUUGAAAACAUUCAAAGUGAAAUACCCUACUCCAGCAACAAUCAAACCUCCAAGAUAUCAGCCACCUAGUCAAAAAGGAGCAAAUGCUGCCCCUCAGACAACCAAAAACUUAUCAACAAUCAGAGAGAAACCUGCUGCAAAAACAAACUCUGAAAAAACUAUUAAAGUUCAAAAAGUUAAAAACUCUACAUUUAAUAAAACAGAACGUAAACCUGUACCUAAACCACGUGCACGAAGUGGAGAUAAUAUAGAUGGUACAGACGAUGUCCCUGUCACUAUAUAUGUUAAAGGUUCACCUGAAGCGGGAGGAGCUUCUGGAGCUGUUAACACCUCCAGUGCCCCGCCUCCUCCUCCUGUACCAACUUCUGUACCUCCUCCACCACCUGGAGUACCACCGCCACCGCCGCCCCCACCUCCACCACCCCCACCUCCUGGCCCGCCCCCACCAAUGACAUUGCCUGUUAUGAAAGUGAACAGAGGAAAGAAGGAAAACAGUCUUCAGGCACAACAAAAGGGAAACAAUGCAGAUAAGACUCCAAAUCUUCAGUCUAUUCAACAAGGGUUGAAAGGGCUCAAACCUGCUUCUGAGAGGCCUGAAAGACCUAAAGUGACAGCAGACCCUAUGCAGGAAAUGGUCAGUUUAAUAAAGAAAGGUGUCAAAUUACGUCCAAUGAAAGAACGUCAAACAGAAGAUUCCCAGAAACCUGACCAAGGGAGACAACAACUACAGACACCAUCAGAAGACCACAUGAAAUUAUUAGUUGAAAGUUUGAACAGAAUAAAUGUGUUCACCCGUGAAAGUUCUCCUGAUAGUGACAGUGAUGAUGGUGAAUUUGAUGACUAAAUUUUAGCGUGUAUUAUGAUAAAUUCGAUUUCGUAAGUUUAUUAAUUUAUUGUGAAGCAGCAAGGUCCUUUGGCAAACACCAAAUUGAAGUAAUACUUUUUCUUAAAGUUGUUGGGAGUGCAUUUCAAAUGUUUAUCAAAGAAUAAAAGGUGGAAAUCUAUUGGCAAGAUAUUUGAAGAUUUAUGCAUUUAUUGUAUUUGGAGCUAUUAUCAUAUAAAAAAAUGAAGUUCUCUUUUUAGCUCACCUGUCACAAAGUGACAGGGUGAGCUUUUGUGAUCGCUUUUCGUCCGGCGUCCGUCCGGCGUCCGUCCGUAAACUUUUACUUUAAAUGAUAUCUCCUCAUAAACCACUAAGCCAAUUUCAUCCAAACUUCACAGGAAUGUUCCUUUGGUGGUCACCUUUAAAAAUUGUUCAAAGAAUUUAAUUCCAUGCAGAACUCUGGUUGCCAUGGCAACCGAAAGAAAAAAAUUUAAAAUAUCUUCUUUUAAAAAACCCAAAGAGCUAGAGCUUAGAUAUUUGGCAUGAAACAUCUUCUAGUGAGUGUCUACCAAGUUUGUUCAAAUUAAAGCCCUGGGGUCAAAAUUGGCCCCGCCCCGGGGGUCAUUGAUUUUCCCUAUAUGCAUAUAGUUAAAACUUAAAAAACCUUCUUUUAAAGAACCCAAAGAGCUAAAGCUAAGAUGUUUAGCAUGAAACAUGUUCUAAUGAGUGUCUACCAAGUUUGUUCAAAUUAAAGCCCUGGGGUCAAAAUUGGCCCCGCCCCAGGGGGUCAUUGAUUUUCCCUAUAUGCAUAUAGUAAAAACUUAAAAAAUCUUCUUUUAAAGAACUCAAAGAGCUAGAGCUAAGAUAUUUAGCAUGAAACAUGUUCUAAUGGGUGUCUACCAAGUUUGCACAAAAUUAAAGCACUGGGGUCAAAAUUGGCCCCGCCACGUAGGUCAUUGAUUUUCCUUAAAUGUGUAUAGCAAAAAACCCAAAUAGCUAGAGUUUAGAUAUUAAGCAAGAACAUCUUCUAGUGAGUGUCUACAAAGUUUGUUCAAAUAAAAGCCCUGGGGUCAAAAUUGGCCUCGCCCUGGGGGUCAUUUAUUUUCCUUAUAUGUGUAUAGCAAAAACUUAAAAAUCUUCUUUGAAAAAACCCAAAUAGCUAGAGUUAAGAUAUUAAGCAUGAACAUCUUAUAGUAAGUGUCUACAAAUUUUGUUCAAAUAAAAGCCCUGGGGUCAAAAUUGGCCCCGCCCCGGGGGUCAUUGAUUUUCCUUAUAUGUGUAUAGCAAAAACUUAAAAAAUCUUCUUUGAAAAAACCCAAAUAGCUAGAGUUUAGAUAUUAAGCAUGAACAUCUUCUAGUGAGUGUCUACAAAGUUUGUUCAAAUAAAAGCCCUGGGGUCAAAAUUGGCUUCGCCCUGGGGGUCAUUGAUUUUCCUUAUAUGUGUAUAGCAAAAACUUAAAAAUCUUCUUUGAAAAAACCCAAAUAGCUAGAGUUUAGAUAAUAAGUAUGAAACAUCUUCUAGUAAGUGUCUACAAAGUUUGUUCAAAUAAAAGCCCUGGGGUCAAAACUGGCCCCGCCUCAGGGGUGUCAUUGUUUUUAACUAUAUGUGUUUAGUAAAAACUUAAAAAACCUUCUUUUAAAAAAAACCAAUGAGCUAAAGCUUAGAUAUU